AUGUUUACUGGACUGGUUGAAACCAUCGGCGUCGUCACGGCACUUGAGCCCCAGGACGACACGUCCAGCGGAGGCGGUGGCACCUCGCUUACCAUUUCAGAUUGUGAGGAGAUACUUACAGAUGCGCAAUUGGGAGAUAGCAUAUGUGUUAACGGUGAGGAAUUUGCGUCCAUUCCCCUCCUAUCACCCUAUUCUGCGACGGCCCCGCUCACCAUCAUGGAAACUCACAGGAGCAUGUCUUACUAUCACGACUUUCGACAAAUCUUCCUUCAAAGUUGGCGUGGCACCGGAAACUCUUCGUCGCACGAAUUUGGGCUCCCUCGCAUCCGGGUCUAA